GCCCAUUCCCAUGUUGGGCCAGCAACACCACACGACCCCCUUCCCUGAGAGAGAGUGCGGCAGGGAAGGGGAAGCGAGCCGCCGGCGCCGCCCACCUCACCAUCGUCUCCAACGCACGCAGUCUCUACCAGAUCAGAUCAGAUCAGAUCAGAGAAGCUGCAAUCACCUGUAACACCAAGGCGCUGAGUUUGCAUCUAGGUUGUCUCAGCUAUGUCUACGCUUCAAGGUUGGGCAGACCUCCCAAAUGACUUGCUGUACUCUGUUGUUGCUCGGUUGGGAUCCUUCCCCGAUCUUCUUGCUUUCGCUGCAACCUGCCCGUCUUGGCGUGCUUCCAUUUCCUCAUAUCCCUCCAAAUCGACAUUGUUGCCACCUCUUCUCCUCCAACCUGGCGUCCCUGCAUGCUCUUCUCGCCCUCGCCCUCGCCCAUUGAGCAACAACCUUGUACUUAGACGCUCAUGCCAUGUUACUGAUCUUGCCAACAAAGACACCUACAUGUGCUGUCAGAUUCCCCAAUUUGCUUGUUUUUGUGACAGCAAAUCCCCAUCGGGUCCGCUGGAUGAAUUUUUUUUGGGGAGUGUGUCCUAUGGCCAUCUCGUCUUGGCCAACCGACAACAAUCAUGUCUUCUGGUUGAUGUCUUCACAGGUGUUAGUGUCUCAGCUCCGCAGCUACCCGUCAACGGACGCAUCCUCCUCAACUAUGCUGCCCUCACGGCUCCUCUUUCGUCACCCAACUCAUAUCUCCUUGUCAAUGUUGGGCGCCACAAUUUCUUUUCGCGUGAUGGUAGCGAUUCUUGGUUGAGACGUUCUCCUCGCAAUGGGACAUUUAAGAAGCUCGUGGUCUUCAAAGACCAGGUCUUUGGCAUGGAUCAUGAUCGCAUGCUCUAUAUCGUGCACUUGGAACCCCGGAUACGCAUACAGAAAAUAGCAGUUCAUCUGGAUGGAAGCAUGGCCAACAAAUGGCAUCUUAAGCAACCGUGGCUUGCCGCAUGUGGUGACAUGCUUCUCAUGGUCGGUUGUCAGAAACAUUCUCCAUCAACAGGGGACACUUUUGAAGCUUUCCGACUGGACGUAUCGACUGAACCUGCAAGGUGGGUAAAGGUGGAGAAGCUAGAAAACUGGGCGAUCUUCAUCAGUAUCGACAAGAGAAUCCAGCCCUUGUGUUGCAUGAACCCAGAGACAUGGGGAGGGAGAUGCAACUGUAUAUACUGCUGUAAUAGGAAAGAGUGGGUCGCAUUUGAGUUGGGCCAGCCGCCGCAGGGAGAUGCCUCCAAUCCAAAAGUUUAUAUUCACAUAAACUGUGGCAGUAUGAUGCAACCUACAUGGGUUGUGCCCAGUAUGUUCUAUUCGUGUCCGUGAACCGUGAUGACUGAUGAUCUUGAUGCAUGGUUAUUAUUAGUCCCCGUAGUAGCUCCCUCUGUAAGAUAUCUCGACUUUAUAGGUAUGCUCCAACAAGUACUGAACCAUUGUAUGUUGGAUAUAUUUGUAGUAUUAAUGAUGUCGUGGUCGGUUUGUAGCUUAUUAGUUCAGCUUGUUCUGAAAAAUUGUUGUACGAGCAGAGAAGAGAACACUGCCUCUUUUGCAGUCAGUGUAAGAGAUGUUG